AUGAACGCCAGCGUGGCUGGGAGCACGUCCCUAGCAACGACAAUGACGGAAUUAUGGCCCGAGCCAGAACCACCUUCUUCUGAUAAUGCGUCUGCCAUACCGCGCAAAGAACCCGAAGGCCCGUACGAGGAGGAGAUUCUCGUUGCGGCACCACGACUGAAGAGGAGAAGAUUUCUCACCGAAUGGUGGCAAGAGAUGCUCAGCGCUAUAUCGAGCAUGCUCUGCAUAGUAGUCAUUAUCGUCAUACUGUACAAGGUCAAUAGGAAGCCGCUGGCAGACUGGGAUGAGCCUGUGUCUCUCAACGCUGCCAUCUCCGUUCUUUCCACGGCUGCUAAGGCUGGCUUAAUUCUGCCAGUGGCUGAGUGCAUCAGCCAGCUUAAAUGGAUACACUUGCAGAGCAGCAAGUCGCAUCUCGAACAGCUCCAGGUAUUCGAUAACGCCAGCAGCGGGCCCGCGGGCUCUUUCUGGUUCUUCUGGCAAGCGAAGAGAGCCCCUCUGGUUUCGUAUUUUGCAUGCCUCAUUGUCAUUCUGGUAGUUGCUCUUGAUCCGUUCACCCAGCCGAUUGUCCAGUACUAUCAAUCAUUUGAGACACCUGUUGCUCACCUGAACUCGACCGUCCGCCACUCUCAAGAGUAUGACCGGGGCCCAACAAUUGGUACAAAUCUAGAGAACCGUCGCAAUGAUGAUAGCAUUAUGUUUGGCAUGAUGUCAUGGCUUUACGGGACCUUGCCUAGCGCACAGUGGCUGAUUGACAGCAUCGUCAACAUGACCAACAUUACGAGGCUGUACAACAUGAACUUCGUCCGCUUCAACAGCGCAGAAGACAUCGGGAUAGAUAUCAAGGCCAACGGGACAGACUGGAUGAAAACCAUGACCGCCCAUGAAUGCGAAUUUCAACUGUGCGCGUGGUCGUUCACAAACUGGUCACACCUGGACGGGGCCCUACAUGAAGGCGCCGUCGCCCAAUCCAAACUCAAGAUGCGCGAGGCGACGGCGGAAACCAGGUUUUGGGACCAGUACGCGCCCUUCGUUUUCGAGACAGAAGACUCUGACUUCCCCGGGAACCAGACAUACGCAAUCGCAACUGUCGACCGGCGGUCGAUGCUUCAGACGUUUUAUACGAUGGGGGACAGGGCCACGGGCAACGAGGCGGCCAAUUACUUCGCGAACAGCCUCUACAUGGCCGACCGCGACAUCCCGCGCACGCUCGACGCCAUGGCUAGGGGCAUGACGUACAGUAUAAUGAGCGGGAUGAACUCGACGCUGUCGCUGGGUCAGGUGUUUGAGACCCAGACUUUUAUCUACGUGCACUGGGAGUGGCUGACUCUGUCGAUUAUUACGGUCGUCAGCUCGGUGGUACUACCCGCGGUUACCAUUGUGAAGACGUACGCAGCGCACCAGCGGGCCUGGAAGUCGUCGCUGGUCCCUUUGUUAUAUGCAGAUUCAACUAUAAUGCUGGACAAGAAUGGAGGGAAGGAUUGGGGCGAGGAGGACAAGGUCCAACGCAAAGCGGUUAUUAGUACCGGUCUGGUGGCUGCGUCCGCAGCUGGAACUGUUUCUGUUUUACGAUCAUGA